AUGGGAUCCACAGCGUCUCUUCGUCGGGUUAUCGUUACCUGGUCGAGUCUCUUCGCAACACUGAGCCCACUCAUAUUGGCCUCUGCAGUCCAGCUUCUUCCACCACCCCCGAUACCAAUCAAUUUCACAGCUGCUGAUACACACAGCUAUACUGGCCUCCCAAAUCAUACGAAGACUGUCACGCCUCUGGUCAUUGAUACGUUCGUCAACGGAGACCGCAACGACCUCGGUUUCUGGCAUGGGCCCAGUGCCAGCUUGCCUGCCGAGAAUGGUCAUGGCCAUGUGCGACUGUUUCCCUCGGAUGCAGAUCAGAACUACCAUACGGAGCUCGGGCCUGCAACAUGCUUCGACAUGCGACCAUACCAGCAUAUGUAUCUUCAUCUAGUGUUUUCUGGGUCUACAAAUUUCAGUAUCUCGUUGAACCAGCUCAACGAGAAGUGCGACUCUCGCCGUAGCCCGUUCUUGGAAACAUGGGAUAGCGUCGAAGCCGAGCGGUAUGCCAGGGGAAAUGAUAUAUAUGUGCCUUUGGACCAUUUCGUGGUUGACAAGUCUCGGACGGUCUCGGUGUCUUUCCACGGUUUCUUUUCUCAGGAUAGUCUGACUAUAUACAAAGUGGAAAUCGUGCCGGAGCUUCCAUGGGGCUUCUACGUGCCCCCGAAGCUGGAAAACGGGAAGCUGUUCCUUCAUUGCACAAGGCCGAACUCUUUCGCAUUCGGUAUUGACGAUGGAUUGCCUCAUCUGGUCCAAGACGUCAUGAAGAUCCUCGAGGAAGAACAAGUCUUGGUCACUUUUUUUGUGGUUGGUGCUGGGCUCCGGGCCAACGGGGCCAACUUUUCGUCUGUCUACAAGGAGAUGCUACGGAGAGGCCACCAGAUUGCUCUACAUUCGGAUACACAUCAAAAGAUCGAAGGUCUGGAUACCAUCAGAGCUGUCGAUGAGGAAAUUGUUCAUAACAUGGAGACGUUCCAGAGGGAACUUGGUAUACAGUCUCGGUACUUCCGUCCGCCAUACGGCACAAUUGGUGCAAGAACUCGGCAGAGACUUGCAGCGUAUAUAAGAGACCCGAGCAUCAUCAACUGGAGUGUUGAUGUGGAGGACUGGCUCUGGAAGGACAGCAAAACACCCGAACGGCAGCGAGAUGCCUUCUUCCGGGACGUCGGUCGCGGAGGCAAUCUAGUCGUCAUGCAUUAUCUGAGUCCAACUACCGUCGAGUACUUCAGAGAGUUCAUUCAGUUUGUCAAAAACCUCAAUAUCGAUAUCAUGCGCGUGGAUCAGUGCCUCGAGGAUCCCGAUAGUCCGCCAAUCGACCCAGCACGAUACCGAAGGCCCGUGAGAUACAGGGUGCAGUCGAAUCGAGACCCGGUAGUCAAAGAGGACACGGCAGGAAGAUAA